AUGGGCUCUGAUUGUGAUAUCCGUAGGGAUUAUUAUGGUAUAUAUCCCAACCGUCGUAACAGUUAUUAUUCCCCUGUCUACUCGACCCUUACAACACACAGUUCCGAUUCUUCUUUAUUUAAUCCAAAAAGAAAAUUUCCUGAUGUUGGAAUAAUGGAUAAUAUAUAUACCUCCAGAGGAAUUUUUCAUUCCCUAGAUGUAGUAGAUCAGGAAUUACCAAUGCAAAUGAAGCGUACAUUUCAUAAUGGUCACUCUAAGAAAUCUAGAGAAGAUGCGGUUGACCAAACUAAUAGUAGCCUCUUACGUAGUAUAUCCAAUACUUUGUUAAAUACAGGGAAACAAUUUUGGGAGAGUUUAGUUGGAAGUUAUGUGGACGAUAAUACCUUACAAAAUAGUGUAGCCACUGAAAUAAGCACAAAUGAAAAGGCUAAGAAAAGAAAAGAAAAUGAAUACUUUUUUAUACAAAAUAAGAAAAGGAAAAUCAUAUUAGACAAUUUGGCCAAUAUUUCUUUUAGUAGAAGCAACCACUCUAAUGAAGAAAAUUUGGAUUCUAGCUCCUUGGCAUCCCCUCCAUCAUCUUCAUCGAUAUCUUCAAGUGUAGCCUCCCAAGACUUACAACCAAGAUGCUUAUCAUUGUCUAAAUAUCCCUUUAAUUGGGAUGGUGGAAAAAUCACAAAGAUUGGUGAGAAAGAUUCUGGAGAAAUUAAUGGCGCAUUAUCAUAUCCUCAAUAUGGCACAACUUUUAUAGGCAGAAGUAAAGCAAGAAGAAAUUAUUCGCACGCUAAUCCAGUUAUUCUACGUGAUAGAUCUGAUGAAAUAAGAUAUUUAAAGAUGAUAUUUAAUGGCAAAUAUGAAAUACCUGAGAUAUUAAAGAAUGAAAGACAAAGGCAACUUAAUCUAUUAAGACAAGAUAAAAAAUCUUACAAUAAAGCAGUAGAUGAUCAAACAAAUAAUGAUAAUGAAUUAAAGAGCUCUAUAAUAGAUUUAACCUCUAAAAUCAAAAAUGCUAUAUUAGAUAGUAGAAAACCGUCAGAAAAUAAAGUCUAUACGAAUGAUGACAUUGUAUUAUUAAAAGAGCAGAAAUUAACACCAUUAGAAAAAAGAAACAAAGAAUUCCAACUCCAGCAAUUAAGGUUUAAUAGAUAUUUAGUUAGUUUAGAGAAGGAAUCUAAAAAUAUUAAGCAGAUGCGUGAUGAGAGAGAAAAGCUAAUGGAGGAACUAAGAAAAAAUAAGGAAGCAGAGACUGAGGUCAAGAUAUUAAUUCCCAUGUUAACUGAGGCUGAAAUUAAUAGGGUAAAUUCCACAAUAAAUAGAAAAGAUAAUGGGGUACUUCUAGACAAGGAUAACCUAGAAAUAAGAGUCCAUGAUAUAAAAACAUUAGCUCCAAGAAGAUGGUUGAAUGAUACUAUCAUUGAAUUUUUCAUGAAAUAUAUCGAGAAAAAUUCUCCAAAUACUGUUGCAUUUAACUCUUUUUUUUACUCGAGCUUAUCUGAAAGAGGUUAUCAAGGUGUACGAAGGUGGAUGAAGAGAAAAAAGGUACAAAUAGAACAAUUAGAGAAAAUAUUCUUCCCAAUUAAUCUAAACCAGUCACAUUGGGCAUUGUGCAUGGCGGAUCUGAAAUUGAAAAAGAUAUUUUAUGUUGAUUCACUUUCUAAUGGGCCCAAUGCCAUGAGUUAUGCAAUUUUGACAGAUUUGCAAAAUUAUAUUAUCGAAGAAAGUAAGCAUAAACUUGGAGAAGAAUUUGACCUAGAGCAUUUAGAGUGUCCACAGCAACCUAAUGGAUUUGAUUGUGGUAUAUAUGUAUGCAUGAAUGCAUUAUAUUUAAGUAAUGACUCAGAUUUGACUUUUAAUAACAAAGAUGCCGCUAGAAUGAGACAGUAUGUGGUAAGUUUAGUGCUUGCUGGUAAUGACAAAUAA